UGGGAAGACCAUAUCCUUACAAUUGAUGGCUGCGAUGAAGACGACACUGGAACCCUGGUUGUUUACAUCACUUGGUGCGGAGGUCAGAAGACCAAGCACACAGCUAGCGUGCUUUACAGGAAAUGCCCACAAAAGGUUCUACAGCCCCAACUGGUCCUGAUCAGCAUACCAUCGCAGUUCUAA